UAGAAAACAAGUCAUCCCUGCCUACCAACCGCUACACCCCACUCCAUCCAUCCCAAACCAAUUUUCUACCCAAAACAAAAGGCUACCCAUCUCACAACAAUCCUCUACUCUACUGAUUGGCUCGACAGUGGCUAUGAUUGUUUGAUUGGGUUCUUCAACACUGUAUUGGGGGUGCGUUGAGGAAGAGUUUUUUUUUUUCUUGAGGUGAGGGGGGAUAUGGGUUUCCAACGAAAUAGAGAGAGGGCAAUGAGAAUUGGAGAUUAAUAGUGGGAUGGGAUUGUCUUAGUUGUGAUUGCUUUGCUCUAUUCGACGGUGGCUAAGGGGCACUGUGUGUGUCGGGACAAAGGGGUAUGCGGAUAUAGUUUUUAACUGGUAUGCAAAGGAGUUGUUUGAUGAAAUGUCUGAGAGAGGGAGAGAAAGUGACUUACAACCAAAGAAACAGAAAGAGGCCAAGGAGAAUUGGAGAUUGGUGGAUGGAUUGUCUUGGUUUUGGGAAAGAAAGAGAAGAGUGGCGAUUGUGGGGAUAAAGGGGUAUGCAGAUAUUCUUGUUAACUGGACUGGUAUGCAAAGGAGUUGUUUGAUGUAAUGUCUGAGAUAGGGACAGAAAGUGAGUUGUCCGGAAUGAUCUGGAUGAUAUUUUUGUCAUUUCAUGUCAGUCCUUAGCAGAGUUAAGUUUUGAAACCCGUGAGGGAAAGUUGGUGUCAUUUUAUCAUGUUAAUGGGUCUGGUGUAAUUUUGGUGAUAGUCACGAGAGGUCGGUAUAAUUUACCAAAUUUGAAAUUACACGGUUCAAGUCUUGAAAAAAUUUCAGGCUAUACUUAGGUUGCUCGGACUAGGUCUAACGGGUACAGGAUAAUAAGGCAAGUUAAGCGCCAAAAUGUACUAUUACAUAAAACUACAAUUCAAAUUCAAUAGUGGGAACAGAAAAUGAACAGCAAGCACAAGCUUCGCGAAGCCGUAGACUUGCUAUACUUUCGUGGCUGUGCAAGUUCUGAAACAUACACUCGUUUUGUUCUCACAUGUGUUCGAUACAAUGACAUUGAACAAGCCAAGAGACUGCAGUAUCACAUGGACCUUCACUUGUAUCGACCCACCAACACGUUCGUCCACAAUCGUCUCCUUCAACUCUAUUCCAAAUCUGGCUUUCUCUCUGAUGCUCAAAAUCUUUUUGACAAAAUGGCCACUAGGGAUAUAUUUUCGUAUAAUGCUAUGCUGUCUGCGUACUCCAAGUUAGGUUUGGUUGAUCAUUUGUGGGUGUUCUUUAAUCGAAUGCCUUAUUGUGAUUCAGUUUCUUAUAAUACAGUGAUUGCAGGCUUGGCUGCAAGUGGGUGUUCGAGCAAGGCUUUGGAGGUUUUUAUUAGAAUGCAAAAGGAUGGAUUUGAGCCCAAUGAAUACACCCAUGUGAGUGCAUUGAAUGCAUGUUCCCGCAUGUUGGAUUUGAAGCAUGGGAAACAAAUUCACGGGAGAAUUGUUGCUUCUAAUUUGGAACAGAAUGUUUAUGUUUGGAAUGCUUUGACUGAUAUUUAUGCAAAGUGUGGUGAGAUUCAUGAGGCAAGGUGGUUGUUUGACCAGAUGGUUGACAAGAAUGUGGUUUCUUGGAAUUCAAUAAUUUCAGGUUAUUUGAAAAAUGGGCAGCCUGAGAAAUGCAUUGAUUUGUUCCAUGAAAUGCAGCUUUCAGGUUUAAAGCCAGAUGAGGUCACUGUUUCAAAUGUUCUCAGUGCUUUCUUUCAAAGUGGAUACAUAGAUGAAGCGCAAAAAACUUUUAGUGAGCUCAAGAAGAAGGAUAAGAUUUGUUGGACCACAAUGAUAGUGGGUUAUGUACAAAGUGGAAAAGAAGAGGAUGCUUUGAGGUUAUUUGGUCAGAUGCUGCAAGAAAAUGUCAAACCAGACAGUUUUACCAUCUCAAGUGUGGCUAGUUCUUGUGCCCGACUAGCCUCUUUGUGUCAUGGUCAGGUGAUUCAUGGAAAAGCAGUACAUAUGGGAGCAGAUGGUGAUUUGCUUGUUUCAAGUGCCCUUGUCGACAUGUAUUCUAAAUGUGGAGAAACUAAAGAUGCUUGGGCUGUUUUUAGUAUGAUGCCUAUAAAGAAUGUCAUUUCUUGGAAUUCCAUUGUAGUCGGUUAUGCACAAAACGGAAAAGAUCUAGAUGCUCUGGCCCUCUAUGAGAAAAUGCUGCAAGAGAACUUAAAACCAGAUAAUGUUACUUUUGUGGGAGUUCUGUCUGCUUGUGUCCAUGCUGGUUUGAUUGAAAGGGGACAAGAUUACUUCAAUUCCAUAAGCGAGUUGCAUGGAAUGACACCAACUUUGGAUCAUUAUGCGUGUAUGAUCAAUCUCCUUGGUCGUUCAGGUCACAUGGAUAAAGCAAUAGAUCUAAUAAAGUAUAUGCCACAUGAGCCAAAUAGUCUAAUUUGGUCUAAUCUUUUGUUUGUUUGUACAAUUAACGGUAACGUUGAACACGGAGAGAUGGCAGUGAGGCGACUCUUUGAAUUGGAUCCACUAAAUGCGGGACCGUACAUCGUGCUGUCCAACGUGUACGCUGCAAGGGGAAGAUGGAAAGAUGUGGCAUCCAUGAGAACUCUUAUGAAGAACCAGAACGUUAAAAAGUUUGCUGCUUAUAGUUGGAUUGAGAUUGAUGGUGAGAUCUAUAAGUUUGUAUCAGAAGAUAGAAGUCAUGCUGAAUCAGAAAAGAUUUAUCAAGAAUUGAACAGAUUGAUAAGAAAGCUACAGGAUUCUGGAUUUACUCCCCAAACAAAUUUGGUGUUACAUGAUGUGAAUGAGGAUGAGAAAUUGAAAUCCAUCUGUUACCAUAGCGAGAAACUUGCUCUUGCAUUUGGGUUGAUAAGAAAGCCUCAUGGAGGGGCACCUAUCAGGAUUAUAAAGAACAUCCGAGUUUGUGCUGACUGUCAUGAGUUUAUGAAGUUUGUAUCCAAGAUUAAUGGACGACCUAUCAUCUUGAGAGAUUCAAACAGGUUCCAUCAUUUUUUUGGUGGACAGUGCUCUUGCAGUGACCUCUGGUGAUGACGUCCUGUGAAGACUUUGGAAUUUUUAUGAGCUUAAAAAUGAGAUAGAUCUCAAGGAGUAGGAAGAGCUUUCUUUCUGGAGAACAAAUCAAACGACAAAGAAACGCCACUACCCUAAAUACCGAAGUAUAGUUUAAACUGUAUUCUGAAAUGGUAAAUAGUUAUAAAUUCUUGUUUCUUGGUUUUGCUGCUUGUGUAUAUCUCGUUCCUUCGACAGAGUAACAACUGAAUGGAGAUUAUGAUCACCAUCACACAGCUGCCUCAGAGUAAAGAGCAGUUGAUAUCAGAGCUCUUAAUGGGUGCAAGAACAUGAAAUAUCAUAAAAUGAUAUCACGGUAAGAUCUUUGGACAACUUUUUUUAAAAUUUAUUUUUGUUUUCUAACGAGGAUAUUUGAGGCUUUGUCCCAACUAGUCCCCAAGAUAAAAGCAGUCCUCCCAUCCUACACAUACCUGGGUAUUUACCAGGCACGAGCCCUAGGAGUAGCCCCAAGGGGAUCAAGAGAUAUUUGGAGGAUUGAUUCUCAUAUUGAGGGUUGUACUCUUUGCUGUACAUCUUGAACAAUGUUUCUUUUCUGACAGAACCAGUUAGAGACCAUUUAGCUGUUGGUUCAAUCAAUGAUUAUGCUCAUUGGUUGCUAGUUGCCACUAAUAAUGAAUCAAUGUCUGUUGGAUUCUGUUUCUUUUCAGCCACGGUGCAUGGUCUAAUGUAGUCUCAGUUAUUUCCAAAAUACACUGUUUAGUUU